CGCACCUCUCCUCCUCCUCCUCCUCCUCUUCCUCCUCCUCCUCCUCCUCUUCCUCCUCCACUCCGGAGCAGUGCGCCGGCCGGAGCUCACUCUGCCGGGUACAGAGAGGGAUGAGGCCCCGGCAGGCAGCCCGGGAACAGCGAGGAGAUACAUGGAUGUAAUGGUUGUGGAGACCUCGCUGCUGGUUCUUCAGGGACCUGACGGAUCGCUUCAAACUGGGAACUGAGUCAAACUGGGAACUGAGUCAAACUGGGAACUGAGUCAAACUGGGAACUGAGUCAAACUGGGAACUUUACGCAGCGCGGAGUUUUGCUGUGGAGGAGUUUUACGCGUCGAUGAUGGAUCAUUAUGUUUGAAUCAACUCCAAACGGACUCUGGAAUCUAAAGACUGCUCUUGUCUGUGGAACUUUCUGAGUCACCACGUAAACUUUUUCCUCCCGGAGAUGGAGCCGGAGGAGGGGAAGGUCUCCGUGUGGGUAUGCCGGGAGGAGAAGCUGGUCUCCGGCCUGACGAAGCGAACCACCUGUGCCGACGUGGUGAAGGUUCUGCUGGAGGACCAGAACCUGCAACAGGGCUCCUCGGCCGCGAUGCUGUCCGGAUCCCCGCAGUCCUACUGCGUGGUGGAGAAGUGGCGGGGCUUCGAGAGGACCUUACCCAACAAGACCAAGAUCCUGCGGCUGUGGAGCGCCUGGGGAGACGAGCAGGAGAACGUCCGCUUCGUCCUGGUGAAGACCGACGCGUCGCUGCCCAACAACGGGCCCCGCAGCGCCGAGGCCCGGGUGGUCCAGAGCCGGGACAGCGGGGGUCCGGGCGCGGGGCUGAAGGGAACCGCCAAGAGCUGCUGGACCGCCGCGGCCGCCGCAGCCAACCUGUCCCAGGACAAGCAGCGGCGCAUCGUGCGCAAGGCGUUCAGGAAGCUGGACAAGAUGAACAAGAAGAAGGAGCAGACCGUGUGCAAGGACCAGGACUCCGUGGAGAAGAUGGAGACCCUGGUGCACAUGGUGAUCUCCCAGGACCACACCAUCCGGCAGCAGGUCCAGCGGAUCAAGGAGCUGGACCGGGAGAUCGAGCGCUACGAGACCGAAGUGCACUUCGACCGCAUCCAGAGACACGGGGUGAACUAUGUGCAGGACACAUACAUGGUGGACGCGGCGGCGGACCCCGCGGCCGCCGGCUCGGAGUGCCAGGACGCGCGCUGCACCGCGGAGGCGCUGGCGCAGUUCGAGGAGUACGCGCGCCGCUGCGAGGAGGUGGUGCGGCUGCAGGAGGAGCUGACGGAGCGGGAGGCGCUGAUGGAGUGCAUCACCGGGGAGAUCCAGGAGGAGCUGAACCGCCGCUGGAUGACACGGAGGCGGGAGGAGAGAGGAGCCGAGGCCGCGCAGGACACGGAGGACACGGGCAUCGCCGCCUCCUCCGCUCCGGCUGCGGAGUCAGAUGCAGAGAGUCAGUCCGAGGACGAGGUGCUGCUGGAGGAGGAGAGGAUCAAAACGCAGCUGGACACGAGUCUGUACAUCGGCCUGAGGCUGAAGACAGACCUGGACUCCCUCCGGGGGGACUUGGACCUGAGUCUGGCACUCUGGGAGACCAAGGAGAGCGAGCUGCUGGAGCUGCUGGCCCGGGUGGAGGGCAUGGACAUGGAGCAGGUGGAGGGCUCGGUGGGUGGGGGUGCUGAGGAGCAGCCGGGGGCAGGGGGCGCUGACACUGAAGCUGCCCCCUCGGAGAAGGGCAGCGGCUGGGUGGAGCAGGCCCGGGGUCUGUCCAAGGCCUGCAGCACCAACGACGACGACUCGGACACAGGCCUGAGCUCCAUGCACAGCCAGGACUCCGACAACCCGCCGGUGUGCGAGUCGCUGGUGUAACUUUGGGACUCGAACGCAGAGCCACAAACUCAGGGGCCGAGAAAUCAGUGUUGGUCAAAAGGGAGAGUACGGACACUGCAAUUCUAUAGCAAUAAUUUCUGUAAGUAGUCGUCGCGCAAUAAGCUAGGAGAGGUGCUGACCUUUGACCUCCGUGUGGAUAGGCAACAAACUAGACCACGUGUUAGGAGAAUUAGCCUCGAAGAGUAUUAAAGCAUCGGCCCACUUGUGUUGUGUAGCUGAUGAGAGGUUUCAAACGGAAAAAGGUCAACGCAAAGGCCAGUCUGAUGACAUCACACACACACACAGGUCAGACACACACAAUAGAAGCAGCAUCAGUUCAGUGUCGUACAAAAAUCGUCAUUUCAAUUUGAAGAAAUCCUUAAAUUAGAUCAGAUUAAGAGUUUACAUGGACACCGAUCUUCUCAGAUUUAGACGAUAGAAAUAUGAAUAUAGAGUUGUGAUAUUAUGAAAAAAAGUCAUAAUAAUGUGAGGAAAAUGUCUUAAUUUUACAACAAAAGCUUGUAAGUUGUAAUGUUACUCAAACAAAGCUGUAAUAGUACCAACAAAGUAAUAAUAUUACUAACAUAAAGUCAUUAUUUAACAGGAAUCAAGUCUUAAGUCAUUUUCACAGAGGAGACAAGUUGAUCUUCUGAUAUUCAUAUACACAGAUUAAUAUCACAACAUUAAACUUAUACAUGUAAUUUAUUCUUGUACACACAAAUCUCAGAUUUUCAUUUCCUUAAAGUCGUCUUAAUACUCCGUCGUACUGAGUGAGACACUUUCAUGUGAACAGCGUUUAUCCGAUCACCUUAACUUGAAUAAUCUCAUAUAGGAAUAAUCAAUAAUCAAUUAAAGAUGUGAUGUGUUCCAACAUUUUGUAAAGUGCAGCUCGGGCUUCAGAGUUAAUGAGAAGAAGCAGAACAGUCAGAUUGUCGGUGUCCAUGUAAACGUCUCUGAUCCGUUUCCCUCGGCUCAGUCGACACUUCACUUCCUCCUCAGUGUAACUGUGAAGUCUCCGAAGCACAAAGAGUUGUGUUGAAUUUAGUUUUGCAGAUAAAAACAUGUGGUGCCUGUUUUGGAUUGUGAAGCGUUACACAAAACCUCCAUCUAUCAAACAUUAAUAUCUCUUCUGGAAACCACAUUCACGUGACCUGAGAGGGAUGUCGACCGUCUCAUUGUAAUCAGACUUUCCUGCCUCUUGCAUUUUUAACUUUGACUUUCUAUUCAAGCUUCAGCUAAACAUUUGUUAAAGCUGCCCCCCCCCCCCCGACUAAAAUGUAUUUAAUGUGUGAAAUUGGUGGAAUGCUCCUUUAAAAACAUGAGUUUUACUUGUUUCCCUAAAAAAACAUCACAAACGAGUAAAACCUUUAAUUUGUAUCGAGGUUAAACUUCAGAAACGAUUUGUUUGUUAAUGAGAAAUACACCAGAGACACAAACAUGAGUCAGAACAACAACAACAACAGAACAACUAUGUGAUCUACAAUGUACAUGAAGUGUUUCUGGAGCGAUCAGCAAAGUUCAAACCAGGAGAAAUUUACAUUAAAUGUCAGAUGGACAACUCGUCUCUUCUUCCUCUCGUAGAACAGGAAUGAAGCUAAACUACCCUGGACACACGUGCACUUUAUCUGAAGCCAGAGUCUCUGUAGUGGUGAUGGAAGAGAGCGCCAUCUUGUUUUUUAUAUCAUCAUCAACAAAAAAAAAGGAAAAACUCAUCAGAAACCCUGUGUGAUCAGAACUACCUAAAAUGACAGAAAUCCUCUUUAAGACAAAUGUUUCUAACGUGUACUUUGAUUUCUGUUGUUUGUUUGACCCACGUCCCAUCCACUCACCUGGAGGAGGUGGGUGUUUAUCUUUAUUUACAGUCCAUGUCCUGAACGUCUGAAGCUUUUGUUUAAUAAUCUCUGAGACAUAAAGAUGAACUAUUUGAAUCACUGUCCUGGAAACGGCUCCUGGUGAAUGUGUGUGUGUGAUCUGUUCUUCGUGGAUCUAUAGAUCUGCACAGAAGAGAUGGAGAGAAAAAAACAUAAAAUCAAGAUCUUCCCUCGAGGAAACUCACCGCUCAGUAUUUGCGUCGGGCGCCGUCGUGAUGUCACGUGUUUGACUUUGUGUGCAAAGUAAAAAGCUUGUAACAGAGGAGACUGUGGAUUUAAAGGUUCUCUGUGUCCAGACACCAACAUGAACCCUGUGGAGAUACUUCAUCUCGUCUGUGAAGCUGCAGCCAGACGACCUGAUGGGAUGUUCUGUGGCUGCAUCAUGACACCGGUCAGCUUCUUAUCACACCUGACUGUUAGUGGUGAAAUAAACAGUGAAACACA